ACUACUGCAGUGAAUAGACACAUAAAAUGUUGCAAGAGCAAAAUAAAGUGUUUUGUUUUCAUCCGGAUACAUUUGAUGUAGUUAAAAAGGAAAUAAACUUAGUAAAAGAAGAUGACAUGAAAGAAGCCAUUCGAAUUCUUAGGGAAUGGGUGCAGAUGCAGCCUCACUUCAAGACGAAAGACUUCCCUGAUUCGUAUUUAGAAAGAUGGAUUGUCGUAUCAAAAGGGUCGGUCGAAAAGGCGAAAUCUCGCUUGGACAGAAUGUGUACAAUGCGAACUCUGUUGCCCAACUUCUUCAAGGAGUCAGACAUAACGCAGGAUUUUAACGGCUUAAGUGAUAAAGUCGUUGCAGUCAUCUGUCCAAAGCUUACGAAAGACCAUCACAGAGUGAUUGUAACAAAGACCCUUGUAAAUGACGCUGAUGCAGAAUUUUUAUCCAUGUUUUAUAAAUUCAGCAUUUACAUUGGUGAAGUUUUGAGAAAAUACGAUUAUGUUAUGGGUCUUCAUAGCGUCUACGAUUUACAAUCGCUGGAUAUGGUCAAACUAAUCUCAAAGAUGAACGUGGUCGAAUUUAGAAAUAUUAUAACCGUUUUUCUGGAAGGAUACAGUAUGAGAGUUAAGGGUAUACAUUUAAUAUCGCAGUCAAAAAGCAUCGAACUUUUACUGAAUAUUGCCAAAACAAUCCUGAAGCCUAAGAUAAUUAGCCGUAUGUACGUACAUAAGUCGUAUGAUGAUCUACACGAGUUUAUUGGAAAAGAUGUCCUCCCACCAGAGUUUGGAGGCAAUGAAAGAUCGAUUUUUGAAUUACAUGACGAUCUAAUAGAUGUGUUAUCAACGAAAGAGUUCAGAGAGUGGUCCCACUACAUGUACAAUGCUCGCACUGAUGAAGAGCUCCGACCAAGUGGAAAGUUUAAUGAAGACUACGCUGGAACACCUGGAACAUUUAGAAUAUUGAGUCUAGAUUAAAUUUAGAAUUCGUUAAUUUAGGUAUUUUUUUUAGUGCGGGCACAGAUAAUAGACGGUAUUUUUGGCGGUGACAGUUUAAUGUGCACUGUCAGUAGGUGAAAAAAAAAUCUCUCAGUGACAAAUUAUUUGAGAUACAGUUGUAUUAUGUUUAAUAAUAUAUUAAACGGUUUUAAAUUGUCGCAAUAUCUGUAUAUUUUAGUUAAUAAAUAAUAUUAUAUAGGUAUAUAAAGGUACAUAUCUAAAAACAUAUGAUUAGUAAUUAAUUUUUAUUAAUUUUAGUUGAUUUAUGCUCGUGGUUCCAGUUCUAUUUAUCAAUAAAACACCCUUCAAUACUGCAUAUAUUUUUUUGAAAUCAUCUAAAAAUUGUUCGUUUUAAUAGGUACUUCGUCCAUGAAAACAUAAAAAAUGACUGAAAAAGUUUCAGAAUUUAAGACAGUUAAGAAAUAAGAAUAUAGGUACUUGGGUUAACGAGUCAGCAUUCGAUACAGUUAAAUAAAUUAAAUAUUACCUAUUAUUUCAAAUGCUCAACUAAUCUAUAAAUCUUGACCUUAAUUCGCAAUCAGUGGUCAAUUAUUUAGGUACUUUUUAUCUAAGAACCUACUUAAAUGGAGACGAAUAAAUUAAUUUAAAUCUAUAAAAAAUGGUUGCGAAUUGAAAUAAUUAUAAGCUUACUUUUCUGUAGUCUAAUAAAUAAUGAUUGGUAAAUAAUAUUAACAAUUACGUUAGUUAUAAUCGUUACUUAAAUUUUUCAUGGCAAAAUUUCAACAUGUUAUUAAAUAAGGAUAGAAUGUAAAAUUGCUCGACUUAUUGGUCAGGUUAUAAAAAAACCCGGGCAUAUGUGAGAUACUCCAGAAAAACAUUUGAAAUCAUUCAAGCUUUUCCAGUCAUCGAAAGUAUAAAAUGUAAUAUGAAAUGAAAACAAUAUCUUCCUCUUUCUUUAAUGUAAAUAUAAUAAAUGGGGAUGAGAGGGAUCUACUUGACUUUGGAGUUUGGGGUCCAUAUUGUCGGCACGCGACGCCAAAGAACUUUUGACUCCCCUUCUUGAAUCUAUCCAUAAUUAUUAUGCUUGUUCAAAUAAAUAUAUUGGGUUUUUGAUACUUUCUACUGUCAUUAAGUAGAUAGUUCUUAGAGAUUCAUUAAUAGAUAGUUCUUAGAGAUUCAUUAAUUGAAUAAAAUGCUCUCACCAUCACAAGUUUAUGGAUCUCAAAAGUUUUUAUAUUUUUAGUAGGAUGCAAAAAAGGAAAUUUAUUGAAAAAAGAAGAGUUAAGGUUAUGUAUUUCUUAAAAAAAAUAUUUUUAAUAAAAUAUCCUACAAACAAUUUUAUGAAUA